AUGCACCGCACACGAGUCCUGGCGGGGCACAUCGUGGCGACGCCCUGCGCGGCGCAAGUUGCCCAGGAGAUGGCCCCGACAGGAAAGCUCCGCGUUGCUCUGAACAUGCGAAACGAGCUUUUGGUGAGCGGCAAAUCGGCAAGUGGUGAGCCGGAGGGUCUGGCGCCAUCUAUGGGCGCUGCAUUUGCUGAGAAGCUCGGCGUUCCAGUGGAGUUUGUGCCUUACGAGUCUGCUGACAAGCUGGCUGAUGAUGCGAAAGAGGACAAGUGGGAUGUUGCAAUGAUCGGUGCCGAUCCUGCUCGGGCAGAAUUUAUUGAUUUUACGGCCCCUUACUGCCAGAUCGAGGCCACCUACGCUGUGCCUACCACCUCGGGGCUGCGCACGUGUGCUGAAGUGGACAAAGCUGGUGUACGCAUUGCUGGUUGUGAAGGGGCAGCUUAUGUGUUAUGGCUUGAGCGCAACUUAAAGAAUGCCACCCUCGAGAAAAUCAAAGGCCAUGAUGCCACGUACGCGCAUUUCAAGGAAACAGCCAUGGAAGCAGUUGCCGGGUUGCGCCCGAAGUUGAAGAAGGACGGCGCCAAGCGGCCAGGCACCAGGCUUCUGCCUGGAAAGUUCAUGGCUGUGGAGCAGGCUGCUGCUACCAAGAAAGGCCGUGAGCAGGGUUUCAAGCUGCUCAGUGAGUUCAUCGAAGAGGCAAAGAAGUCGGGCAAGGUGAAAGAGCUUAUGCAGAAAUUUAAGGUGGAGAAGGCGACCAAGUUCACUGCGCUGCCAAACGUUGUUAACGUGUCAAAAAGAAACAAGGUCAUCACCUUGACCAAAGUCAAGAAGCGACCAAAGGAAAAGAAGGAUGAGCUCAUCGAUGGCAUACGCGAGUCCUGCGAACAGUUCUCUAGGCUCUUCUUGGUUUCGAUCGAGAAUGAGCGCAACCAGUUCAUGCAGGAGCUUAGGAGACGGCUUAGACCAGGGAAGCUUGUUUGCGCCAAGAACAAGGUCAUGCAGACUGCCCUGGGCAUGAGCCCUGAAAGUGAGUGCCAGGACAACGUGCAUAAAAUUGCAGAGAUGAUCAAUGGUCAUUGCGCUCUGCUCUUUACAAGCUCCACCCCCGAACAGGUGGAGUCGACUCUUGCGAGUUAUCGGCCCAGUGAUUUCGCACGGAGCGGAUCUCUGGCAACUGACACGGUGGUCCUACCAAAAGGCACCGAUGCACUUGCCAGCCUUCCACACUCCAUCGAGGCCCAUCUCAGGCAGCUUGGCCUCCCGACGGUCCUCAAAGAGGCCAAGAUCCACUUGCUGGGGGAUCAUACAGUGUGUACAGCUGGCAAGGAGCUCUCCGCUGAUGCAGCGCAGGUCCUGAAGCUGCUUGGCAUCAAGCAGGCCCACUUCACGUUGUCCAUCGAGGCGCACUGGCAGAAAGGAGGUGAGUUCAAAGACUGUUCUGCCUUGGAAGAUUAG